AUGCCACAAUCAAAGGAUUCAUCAUUUAUUAAUGCCAAAUCAAGUGAUCCAGAUGAAAUUAAUAUAAGAACUCUUUAUAAGAAAACAUGUGCGCUUGCAUUCAUGCAACCGCAAGAAGUUGGAAAAAUAUGGACAUUGAUUAUGGAUCAAUUUCAAGAUAUUGAGGUAUUUUACGAUUAUGUCACAAGUACGUGGGUGGAUGAUGAUGCGUUGUUCGAUUUAUCAUUGUGGAGUUAUUUUGAUUUUAAAAGUUCAAGAACAAAUAAUAGCUUAGAAGGUUGGCAUCAUUGA